CCGCGGUUUUGCUUCGGCCCGGAGGCUUUUACCGAGCGCCCCGCGUCCCUUGGGGGGGCGGCGGCGGCGUCUGGGGCUGCAGAGGCAGCCUGGGGGUCCGGAAGUCAACACCAUGUCGAGUCUGCACAAGAGCCGAAUUGCAGAUUUCCAGGACGUCCUGAAGGAGCCCUCCAUCGCACUGGAAAAGCUUCGGGAACUCAGUUUUAGUGGCAUUCCCUGUGAGGGCGGACUGCGGUGCCUCUGCUGGAAGAUCCUCUUGAACUACCUCCCAUUGGAGAGAGCCUCAUGGACUUCAAUCUUGGCUAAGCAGAGGGGGCUCUAUUCUCAGUUCCUGAGGGAAAUGAUUAUCCAGCCUGGCAUUGCCAAGGCCAACAUGGGUGUGUCCAGGGAAGAUGUGACUUUUGAGGACCAUCCCCUCAACCCCAGCCCUGACAGCCGGUGGAACACGUACUUCAAGGACAAUGAGGUGCUCCUACAGAUCGACAAAGAUGUCCGGAGACUGUGUCCAGAUAUAUCCUUCUUCCAGAGACCUACCGAGUACCCCUGCCUCCUCAUUCUGGACCCCCAAAAUGAGUUUGAGACCCUUCGUAAGCGGGUGGAACAGACAACGCUGAAAUCCCAGACAGUCGCGCGGAACCGCAGUGGCGUUACAAAUAUGAGCUCUCCACACAAGAACUCCGCACCACCAGCCAUGAAUGAGUAUGAGGUGCUGCCCAAUGGCUGUGAGGCCCACUGGGAGGUGGUGGAACGGAUCCUGUUCAUCUAUGCCAAGCUCAACCCCGGCAUCGCUUACGUGCAGGGCAUGAAUGAGAUUGUGGGCCCUCUCUAUUACACCUUCGCCACUGACCCCAACAGCGAGUGGAAAGAGCAUGCUGAGGCCGACACCUUUUUCUGCUUCACCAACCUUAUGGCCGAGAUCCGGGACAACUUCAUCAAGAGCCUGGAUGACUCACAAUGUGGGAUUACCUACAAGAUGGAAAAGGUGUAUUCCACCCUGAAGGAUAAAGACAUGGAACUCUACCUGAAGCUGCAAGAACAGAACAUCAAGCCUCAGUUCUUCGCCUUCCGUUGGCUGACACUACUGCUGUCCCAGGAGUUCUUGUUGCCUGAUGUCAUCCGGAUCUGGGACUCCCUCUUUGCUGAUGACAGCCGUUUUGAUUUCCUCCUCCUGGUCUGCUGUGCCAUGCUCAUACUGAUCCGGGAGCAGUUGCUGGAAGGGGAUUUCACCAUCAACAUGCGGCUCCUGCAGGAUUACCCCAUCACAGAUGUCUGCCAGAUCCUACAGAAAGCCAAGGAACUCCAAGACUCCAAGUAGCCUCCUGUCCCGGAGGCCAGAUUUGGGAGAGCAGCCACCUUCACCUUGUAUCCUGGCUCCCAGGACACAAAAAAGCCCACGAGAUUGCCAGCCUGAAGGGAAGCUGCAGGCUCGGCCAACUCCAGGACUUCGCAUGUUGGCUCCCAUAAUCCGGGAUGCUCCUCAUGGGAACACACUGCUGGGUGCCUUUCCAGCCACCCAGUCCUGGUACACCUGGGAUCCCUUGGUCAGGCUUCUGAACAGGGUUGGAGUUCCCAAACUGGUUUCCUGGAACUGGGACCGUUGGCACAGGAAGCUGUCAAGGGUCUCACCCUGCCUCUGCCCUAUAGCUCCUCGUCCUUUCCUGCUUCUGGUCUCCUGGCACCAGUUGGGGGAGGUGCUUGGCAAAUGGGCCAGAAAACACAUCUGGAAUUCGGUGCUGGAGCUGUGUGGGGAGGUAACACCAAAAGAACUGAGUGACUGCCAAGCCCAGGCCCCACUCUGUGUCUUCAACUGAGUGUGUUCUCUUGUGGCUGAUGGAGCGUAUGUCCCCCUGGUGUCUCUGCUUUUGUGUGUGUGUGUGCACGUGCGUGUGUGUGUAUUUGUAUACACCCUAGGGGUGGGAGAGGUUGUCUUAGAAUCUCUCUAGUCUCUGCUUCUCCUUCUCUGUCUCUACCUCUGCCUGUCUCCCUCUGCCUCUUUCCUUGAGGUGGUGUGUGUGUGUGUGUGUGUGUGUGUGUGUGUGUGUGUGACUCUUGCUGUCUUUUCCUCUCUCCUUUAUACUCUGCCCUUCUCUCUUGGGGUGCCUUAUCCUGAGCCUCUUUCCCCCUCCCUUCUAGAUCCCUGAGGCUGGCAGACAGAAUGAAGUGUCACAGCAAGGCCCCUGGAGGCCAUCCUUCACUUUGGCAUCUGAUUCCUAUUCCCAACAUGUGGCUCAGGAGCCCCAGAUCCUACUUGGAAUCAAAUGCUGCUGAGAAUGAUGGCCUGCAAAGCUUUGAGCUUCUUGCCUGCUUUCUGUCCAGGAAUGGAGAAGGGAGGAGAAGUGUGGAUCUUUAGAGGUGAUCGAGGACAUCCAGGCUGUUACGUAGCUGGAAUUCAAUUCUAAGUGUUUCUUCCCAGCCCAAGAAGUGUGAGUCCUAUCAAGGAGUCGGACCAAAGGAAGUCCAGGAGUCUCUGGACCUACAGACCUGGGUUCUGCCAGUGUCAGAAGGGCCAAGUGAGGGCCUGGUAUGUCCUUGAUGUCAGGGAGGCUGUGGAGGUGUUGGCCUUCCUGGUUACCUGCUUUAACUAUUCCCGGGAUUUGGGGUGGUGAGUCCCUAACAUGGACUCUGACUGCUCUGCUCCCAGUUCUGUGAAGAGUGGCUUCAUUCUAACUAAAUCCCUUACCUCCUUUCACGUGGAGGACAGGUGGUUUUUGUCCUGACGGCAGGACAAGGUUCCUCACCCUCUCCCCAGACUGGCCAGCGCCUAUAUUGCCUGAGGCCCUCCUGAAGUGGGCAGGGCUUCCUUCACCAGGCCUCCUUGGAUGCUGUUGGGACUUUGUGCACUUGCCUUUUUGCCACCUUCUCCCCUAACACAGUAUUUUGGGGUUUUACUAUUUAUUAAGGCUUCUGGCUAUUUAUUACAGAUUGGGGAGGGGAGAAAGGGAGUUGGAAUGGUAGACAGGAGUAGAGACUUGAAUGGUCCUCAUAUUUCAAGGCUAACAUCGACAUCUUCUCCCUUGCCUUUGAGGCCUUCUUUCCUGGCAGGUCCUGGUGUGAGGGCUGCCAGCAGUACUAGAACUGAGUACAAGGGAGGCCAGGGCUGGUGUCCCUGUGAUGGGGCAGAUCCAGUCCACUCUUAUCCCAGAACUCGUCCUCUGGCAGGUCAGCCCCAACUUUAAUUCCUGUGUAGCCUGUAGCUUGGGCCACUGCCUAGGACCCAGCAGACACUGCCCAGGACACCUGAUGCAUUCCCUCCUGCCUGACCCUGCUUUUCCUCCUGGGACCUUGCGACUUGAAUCAUGUAUCUGAUUUGCCUCAGUGGGAGACCUGAGUUCAGUGCCCUCUCCUUGGACGAGUCUUGGUUAGGCUGGCUUCCUGUGGGGGGGUGCCUAAGGAAAGGUCUUGCUCUUGAAGGGUUCUCAAGAGAGGUGCACAGAGUCCGAGUGCCUGCGGCAGCCUCAGGACUGAGACACUGGCCACCUGAGCCGUGUGAGCUCAGCAGGUCUCAGUCCUUAGGGUCAGAAUGGCAGUACCCUUUUGUUUUUUUCAUCUAUUUUGUUCUCUGAAUCAGUGCUCUUGAUGAGUUGUCUUUAAUAAAUUGUGUGUUCUUUGCAA